UGACCGGUACAGUGAUCUCAUCGGAAGAUGUUAGUUCGGGUCCAGAUGAUCCAGAUUCGGGAAAGGUUGUUGGGUUUGUAGUAAACGGGUCGGAUUCGGCAGAUAAAGUGUUAUGGCUAUCGGCGAUGAUUUCAUUUUCGGGCUUGGAGGCAACGACGGAGAGAGCCAACGUGCAUAAGAGAAUGGUGACGGUAACGGCGAGCUUGGCCAUUGUUGAAAUUAUGCAAAAGUCUAUAAUGGGCUUCUGAGAUUUCCAGCAGGUUUCAUCAUCAAUGGAAGCUUCAAAUAAAAGAAGAAAGGAAACUGAAGAGUUAUGUUUCGGUGAUGAAGAAUCAGAGAUUUCAUCUUAUUCCUCGCCGGUAGUCAUAUUUGCUCACGGUGCCGGAGCUCCCUCUUCGUCCGACUGGAUGAUUCGAUGGAAGGAUAAGCUAAAGAAGAGCUUAUCAGCCGUUGAAGUUAUCACAUUUGAUUACCCUUAUAUUGCUGGAGGUAAGAGAAGGGUUCCUCCAAAAGCUGAAAAACUCGUUCAAUUUCAUUUAGAUCUUGUCAAAGAAACUGCUGCUAAGUUCCCUGGUCAUCCUUUGAUAUUGGCAGGUAAAUCAAUGGGUUCUAGAGUAAGCUGCAUGGUAGCCGCGGAUGAAGAUAUUCCAGUUUCAGCUGUAAUAUGCUUGGGAUAUCCACUUAAGGGCACGAAAGGUGCAAUUAGAGAUGAGACGUUGUUGGAAAUGGGAAUCCCUGUGAUGUUUGUGCAGGGUAGCAAAGAUCCUAAGUGUCCACUGGAUAAGCUCCAAGCUGUUUGCAACAAAAUGAAAGCUUUGACUGAGCUGCAUGUCAUCGAUGGUGGAGAUCACUCCUUCAAGACUGGGAAGAAGCACCUUGAAGCAAAGGGUUUGACACAAGAUCUAGUUGAAGAUGUCGCUCUGCAAGCAAUUGCAGCUUUUGUCUCCAAAUCUCUUGCUUUCUGAAAAGUCAUAAUAGUAACCGCUUUACAGAUUUGUAAACCAAGCAAUUUUUCCAACUCAAGAUCUUUUUCUUACAAUAGAUGCAUCGUUUGACUAAUUUCCUAUCAGGUAAACAACUUUAAAACAGAUAACAGAAAAGAAUGAAGAGUUCUGUGUCAAUGAAUGUUGCGUAUUUGGUCAA